GCUCUCACGCCCGAGCAGCAGGCAGUCGUGCAGCAGGCGCUCCGCGACCGCGGCUUCAAGAAGGCCAUCACCGGCGCGGAGGCGACGCACCGCAACAUCCAGCGCCUGCAGCCGGGCAAGUGGCUCGACGACGAGGUCAUCAACUUCCACAUGAACACCUUUGCCAACGCCAACGGCGACGAGGUCAAGGCGGCCAAGCUCGCCGCGCGGCGGGCGCGCCAGGCGUACGGCUACUGGAACGUGCACGCCUUCAUCACGGGCAUGUACACGCGCAUCGAGGAGGGAGGGCACAAGGCCGUCGCGCGCUGGACGAAGAAGGUCGGCGACGUCUUUGUCAAGGACCGCCUGCUCUUCCCGAUCAACCGCGGGCAGAGCCACUGGGUGUGCGCGUGCAUCAACCUGCGCGAGCGCCGCUUCGAGUUCUACGACAGCAUGGCCGGCGGCUCGUGGGAGCGCGAGGCCGCCGAGCACCUCUCCGACUGGCUCGUGAGCGAGUGGCGCGCCAAGAAGGCCGCGGCGCACGGCGGGCGCGAGCUCGACGUCUCGGGCUGGCAACGCUACACGUGCCGCACGAACCCGCAGCAGCGCAACGGCUACGACUGCGGCGUGUUCAGCGUGCUCAUGAUCGAGCAGCUCUCGCGGCGCGACCCGAAGAACAUUCCGUACUUCCGGCAGCGCAUGAUCUACGAGAUCAGCAGUGAGUACCGCGCUCGACCGUCGGUCUUCUCUGCUGACCCGGCGUCGCAUCUACCAGCCGCGCAACUGCUUGACUACUGA